AUGUCCUCCUACGAUGGUACGCGGUCGGCGCGCCAGUCGAAGCGCUAUUCAAUGUCGGCCCUCUAUAUGUCCAUGUCGGCCAACGAGGGCGAGAUGCAAAUUGAGGAUGACCUCGCCAAGGCCCAGAAGAUUCUGCGCGAUCUCAAGUCCAACAUCUCUUCCCAGUCCAAGAAAAACUUUGUUCUUGAAAAAGACGUCCGAUACCUCGACUCGCGCAUUGCCCUUUUGAUCCAGAAUCGCAUGGCUCUCGAAGAACAAAAUGAGGUCGCCAGUCAUCUCGAAGACGCAACGGACAUGCAGGAAGGCUUCUUCCCCAAUGACGACAAGACGCAAAAAUAUGGCAAUCUUCUCUUCCUCCUACAAUCCGAACCUCGCCACAUCGCUCAUCUCUGUCGUCUCGUUUCCAUGGCCGAGAUCGAUUCCCUGCUGCAGACCGUCAUGUUCACUAUAUACGGAAACCAGUAUGAAUCGAGAGAAGAGCAUCUUUUGCUCACAAUGUUUCAGUCCGUUCUUACUUACCAGUUUGAUAAUACACCCGACUACUCUUCCCUUCUACGAGCGAAUACUCCCGUUUCUCGAAUGAUGACAACUUACACACGACGUGGACCCGGUCAAAGUUUCCUGCGCACCGUGCUCGCUGAUAGAAUCAACGAUCUCAUCAUACUGCAGGAUCUCGAUCUGGAAAUCAAUCCACUCAAGGUCUACGAACGCAUGCUAGAGCAGAUAGAGGAAGAGACGGGGUCGCUACCCGCAUCUCUGCCUCGUGGCAUCACCGCUGAGCAAGCCGCCGAGAACAUCCAAGUGCAGGCCAUUAUCCAGCCAAGGCUUUCCAUGCUGACCGAGAUUGCAAACAAUUUUCUCAACACCAUUAUUGAAGGGCUCGAGGAGGCUCCUUAUGGUAUCCGCUGGAUCUGCAAGCAGAUUCGUAGCUUGACAAAGCGCAAAUAUCCGGACGCCAACGAUCAAGUCAUUUGUACUCUGAUUGGUGGUUUUUUCUUCCUCCGCUUCAUCAACCCGGCCAUUGUCACUCCGAAAUCCUACAUGCUCAUUGAUGGCACACCCGCCGAGAAACCCCGACGCACACUAACGUUGGUCGCUAAGAUGCUCCAGAACCUGGCAAACAAGCCAUCCUAUGCCAAAGAGCCAUACAUGGCCAAGCUUCAGCCAUUCAUCGAGCAAAACAAGGACCGCAUCAAUAGAUUCAUGCUCGACCUCUGUGAGGUCAGCGAUUUCUACGAGAGCCUGGAAAUGGACAACUACGUCGCUCUUUCGAAGAAGGAUUUGCAGCUCGACAUCACCCUCAACGAAAUCUACGCUAUGCACGCCCUCAUUGAAAAGCACACAGUUGAAAUCUGUCGAGACGAGUCAUCCCACUUGUCCAUCAUCAUGACCGAGCUGGGGCCUGCGCCCGCCCAAGUUCCUCGCAAGGAGAAUCGCGUCAUUAACCUCCCCCUCUUCAGCCGCUGGGAGACUGCCAUCGAUGACCUGACGGCGGCCCUCGAUAUUACACAGGAGGAAGUGUUCUUUAUGGAAGCCAAAUCCAUCUUUGUGCAGAUUAUGCGCUCUUUUCCUCAAAGCAGUGCAGUGUCCAAGCGUCCACUUCGCCUGGAGCGAGUUGCUGAUGCUGCUGCCACGAGCCGCAACGACGCAGUAAUGGUCCGAAAGGGCAUCCGUGCCAUGGAGCUUCUCUCUCAGCUCCAGGAUAUGGGUGUCAUUGAUAAGAGUGACCAGUUUGGCCUGCUUCGUGAUGAGGUCGAACAGGAGCUCCACCAUCUUGGUUCGCUCAAGGAAGGUGUGCUGAACGAGACAAAGAAACUGGACGAGGUCUACAAAACAAUCCGUGAUCACAACACAUAUCUUGUUGGACAGCUGGAGACAUACAAGAGCUAUCUUCACAACGUCCGAUCACAGAGUGAGGGUACAAAGAGGAAACAGCAGAAACAGCAGGUGCUUGGCCCGUACAAGUUCACCCACCAGCAGCUGGAGAAAGAGGGCGUGAUCCAGAAGAGCAAUGUACCGGAUAACAGACGGGCUAACAUUUACUUUAACUUCACCUCUCCCCUCCCGGGCACCUUUGUUAUUUCAUUACACUACAAGGGACGUAACCGUGGUCUUCUCGAAUUGGACCUCAAACUUGACGACUUGCUCGAAAUGCAAAAGGACAAUCAAGAAGAACUCGAUCUUGAGUACGUACAGUUCAGCGUUCCUAAAGUGCUUGCGCUGCUGAACAAGCGGUUUGCACGCAAGAAGGGCUGGUAG